AUUUUCUUUAAUUAAUCAAAAAUGAAAAUGAAGGUUCUGGAAAAGACGUAGCCGUAGCUUCUCGCACUUUCCGCUCCACAUUCAAGCCCCACCACACAUGAUACACACUCACACAUUCCAAUACUCUCAUCUUUUUUUUUUAUUUUCAUUUUCCUCCCCUCUCUUUCUCUAUAGGAGUAGUAUUUCAUAUAUUUCGCUCCUUCUGGAACAUCGCACGCCCUCUCUCUCUCUCAUCAUUUAAAUCCCUACCACGAACUUUCUAGAAACAAACCAAUCUUCUCUCCUCAUCUCAUCUCCUUCCUUCCAAACUUCCAACUUCCUCUCUCUUCUUUCUCUCUCUAAACAUCAUUCUCUCCUUUCACUUUCUAAUCUUACCUUCUCUUUCUGGAUCUGAAAUUUGUUCCAGAUUUUUUUAACACUAUGCCUCCUAUGCCGGCAGAUCAAAACGGAGAUUCCGCCGGCGCCGGCUCCGGCAGUGGAAACGGCGUUGAUUCUCAGCAACGAACUCUUCCGACGCCAUUUCUUACUAAAACUUAUCAGCUUGUUGAUGAUCCAUCCGUCGAUGAAUUGAUCUCAUGGAAUGAUGACGGAUCUAGCUUCAUUGUUUGGCGACCUGCAGAAUUUGCUCGUGAUUUGCUUCCUAAAUACUUUAAGCAUAAUAAUUUCUCUAGCUUCGUCCGCCAACUUAAUACUUAUGGUUUCAGAAAAGUUGUGCCAGAUCGUUGGGAGUUUGCUAAUGAUUGCUUCAAACGAGGCGAGAAAUUGCUCUUACGAGAUAUUCAACGCCGGAAAAUAUCGCCGGCGCCGGCAAUUAAUUCACCGAUGGCGACAGUUGUGACACCGAUAGCUGUUCAGGCGACGGUGACAGUAGCAGCGCCACCUCCGGUGGCGGUGAGGACGGCGUCUCCGUCGAACUCCGGUGACGAGCAAGUGCAUUCGUCGAAUUCGUCUCCGUCUCCUAUCGUUGUGACGCCGCAGAGAACGACGACAAAUUGCGGUUCUUCGACGGAGAUUUUGGAAGAGAAUGAGAAAUUGAGGAGAGAGAAUUUCAAUUUAUCGCAGGAGUUAAAUCAUUUGAGAGGAUUGUGUAACAAUAUACUAGCGUUAAUGAGUAAUUAUGCGUCGGGGCAACAUGAGACCGGCGGAUUAACGGAAGGAAGGCAGUUGGAAUUGUUACUGGCUAAACCGGUGACAGUUGAACCUGAACAUUGCGGUGGUUCUAGCGGUGGCGCAACCGCGAGUGGAGGAGAUAAGGUGGAGGAAGAGAUAGAAGAAGGAGAAGGAUGUCCGUGUCAGCCGUGUCCAAGGUUGUUUGGGGUUUCCAUCGGAGCGAAACGAGUGAGGAGAGAGGGAGACGAAGAAAACCGCCGUAGUGGUGAGCCGGUACCACCACAACAAGAAGAGCAAGGUUCCGGUGAUGAUCUCACCCGACAAUAAUAAAUUGACAAGCGUGAAAAUCAAACCGUAUUAAAAUUGUAAGAUUAGUAAGGGUAAGCCAUAAAGUAUUUGAUGAUCAAUGGUUAAAGAGUGGAAGAAAGAGACAUGAGUAGAAUAAGGACGCGUGUGCAGAGGUGGGGCCCGAUGUCCGUUUAGAGGAUAAGAAAAUUGAUGAUGAUAUACGGCAGAUAAUUUGAGGAAAUAGAAUUUGUGGGAUUCUUCUUUAAGUUGUUUCUGGAAAGUCAAUGUUAGGAUGCUUUCUCUGGAAAUUGUGAGGAGAGAGACUGCAGUAUACAGCUGGGUGGAGCCAACAUCAAAAGUUAGAGAGUUGAGACCCACACGUGAAACACGACAAAAGAUUCGCAAAAACUUUUACAAGGAAAAAGUGUCAAGAGAUUCAAAGUUUUACCCCCAAAAAUGAAUAAAAAAUUAUAAGUGUGUUUUUGUAGCACAUUUUAUUCUGUUGUAGGAAUUGCUAGAUUAAGAUGUAAAUAGUUUAGUUGUAUAAUACAAGUGGGAUAUGAAAAUGAUAAAAGUUGACGUUGGAAAAGCUUAGAGAGAUUUGGUUGAUUCAGGAUUACAAGGACAGAUCAGCAUUUGCUUUUUUAUUUUCUUUUAGGGUAGGAAAGAUAUUGGUUGUAUACUUCAUGUUUUUUAUUAAAAAAAAAAGUAGUAAGAAAAAAUUAUCUA